AUGUUUUGUAAACAAUGUUCCAAGUCUUUAAUACAAAGGAGGACAUUUUCUGUCUUGGGUAAUUUGAAGAAAAGCAAUAAUGUAGGCAAGCCUUUUAAACAAAAUAACAAUAGUCAAAUUAGAUAUAGUCCUUUAGAUGAUGCCCAAACAGCAUAUUUAGAUAGAGUCAUCCGUGUUGAUCAAGCUGGUGAGUUAGGGGCAAAUUACAUUUAUGCAGGCCAAUUUUUCGUUCUGGCUAACAAGUUCCCACAUUUGAAACCUAUAUUACAACACAUGUGGGAUCAAGAGAUCCAUCAUCAUAAUACAUUUAACGAGUUGCAGAUCAGGAAUAGAGUCAGACCAUCUUUAAUUACUCCUUUUUGGAAACUCGGCGCAUUUUUCAUGGGUGCAGGUACAGCCUCAAUAUCAUCAGAAGCAGCAAUGGCUUGUACAGAAGCUGUUGAGACAGUAAUAGGUAAACACUAUAAUGAACAAUUGCGUUGCCUGUCAAAUCAAUAUGUGCAAAAUAAAACAGAUGGUUCAAAAGGACUACCAGACGAAGUUAAAUCUUUGACUGAUGUUAUUACACAAUUUAGAGAUGAUGAAUUAGAACAUUUGAAUACUGCCAUUGAAUAUGACUCAAAAAAAGCUGUUCCAUACAUUAUGCUAACCGAGGCUAUUAAAAGUAUAUGUAGAGUCGCUAUUUGGUCUGCUGAGAGGGUUUAA